GCUGAGGUUUCAGCAAGCAAACAACUUUUAUUUUGAUCAAAAUAGAGUUGGGUGACCCCAUCUCUCUUCGUGGCUGGUAGAGAGAUGAAGGCAACAACCAGGAAAGAUGUCUUCCACUUUUUAUACCUUUCCAGAACAAAGAGAUCUGAUCUUGGUACUAGGCAAAACUCACUUACCUGUCUUGCAUGGCAACAGAAAUUUUGAGUUCAGUUAUGGUUGUAAGUUGAGGAUUACCUGUAUAGGCAACAGAUACCCAAGUUCAGAUUUAAAUAUCUUGUCUUGGAGGCAGUGGGGAAGGGGUAACCUAUCAUUCUACUGCUGGAAGUUGUAUUACAGAAUGAACAACCGAAGAAGAACUGAUGUCAAAAUGUCAUCUGCUUCAGCAAAAUCUGGUUGGUCAUAGAACUGAAGGGAGCCUCCUCUUUCCCCUCCCUUGCAAAAGAUUUUCUGCUGAAUGCAAGAAGAGGGUACAGACUCUCUUUGCCUAGUCAAAGGAGAGACAUUCAAACCAUGGAUUCUCCUAAUACACAGAGAAAAAAAGUAGCUAUUGUUGGGGGAGGAUUGGUGGGUUCUCUAAGUGCUUCUUUCUUUGCAAGAAGGGGAUUCCAAGUAGAAAUGUAUGAAGCAAGAUCAGAUAUCCGUAGUUCAAGUGUAACUCGUGGCAGGAGCAUUAAUUUGGCCUUGUCUCACAGGGGACGGGAAGCUCUCAAGGCAGUUGGAAUGGAAGAUCAGAUUGUGUCUAAAGGCAUCCCCAUGAAGGGAAGGAGAAUUCACACUUGCUCAGGGAAAAGGUAUACAAUUUUUUAUGGAACAAAAAGCCAGUAUAUUCUCUCUAUAGAUAGAGCAAAUUUGAAUAAGGAGUUAUUAACUGCUGCUGAGAAGUAUCCCAAUGUUAAAUUAAACUUUGAGCACAAACUGCUUCACUGCAAAGUAGACUCAGGGCUACUGACCUUUUCAGGAUCAGACCAAAUGACUAAAGAGGUCACCUGUGACUUAAUUGUGGGCUGUGAUGGAGCUUUUUCCACAGUUAGGAAGCAAUUUAUGAGACAAACACGGUUUGAUUACAGCCAAGUGUAUAUUCCACAUGGAUACCUGGAACUGAAAAUUCCUCCAAAAAAUGGAGAUUUUGCAAUGGAGGCAAACUAUCUUCACAUUUGGCCUAGGAACACAUUCAUGAUGAUUGCACUGCCAAACCUGGAUAAAUCAUUCACCUGUACGCUCUUCAUGCCCUUUGAUGAUUUUGAAAAGCUUGCCACAGGAGAGCAAGUGCUGAAUUUCUUCAAAACUUAUUUUCCAGACUCAAUUCCUCUAAUAGGAGAGUGCGAACUGAUGCAAGAUUACUUUGUGCUACCAGCUCAGGCGAUGGUGUCGGUGAAAUGCUCAUCAUAUCACAUUGGCUCUCAAUGCAUGCUAAUGGGAGAUGCUGCACACGCCGUUGUACCCUUUUAUGGCCAAGGCAUGAAUGCUGGAUUUGAAGACUGUCUAGUCUUUGAUGAGCUGAUGGACCAGUUUCAAAAUGACCUCUGUGUUUGCCUUCCAAUGUUCUCAAAGCUAAGGGUACCUGACGAUCAUGCAAUUUCAGAUUUAGCCAUGUAUAAUUAUAUAGAGAUGCGGGAACGUGUGAAUUCAAGGUGGUUCAUUUUCCGAAAGCAUAUAGACAAUUGGCUCCAUGUAGUCCUGCCUUCUAUCAUCAUUCCUCUGUAUACUAUGGUGACAUUCUCCAGAAUCCGAUACCACGAAGCUGUGCAAAGAUGGAAAUGGCAGAAUAAGUGUACAGCCCACAUAACUCAUUGCUGUCCUGUGUUUCAUUUGCAAGAAAUCUGCACUAUCCCAGCUACAUCAACAACACAUUUUGACAGAAGAUGCUGGGGCUUUUCUAAGAUUGUUUUACCACCUCAUCUUCGCUUCCCUCCCAUAAGAUAAUCAUUAUGGCUAUGCUUGGAGUUAUCUAAUUCAAUUGUUUCUGCAUUUUUUUUUUUAAAAAAAUCAUAUAAUGCCGGUAUUCCAUUCUUCUCAAGUUCUAGUAUGGUGAAAAAAAAUAAAGUUGUUGGUUGGAAUCCAGUUAUCCAUUUCUGCUAGAACAGUUUCAGUAAUUGCAAUAGGAAGGCAGUGAUUCUCUCCUCUGUAAUUAUCUCCCUGUGCAUCCUCAAAAUAUGAUCUGAAAUUAUCUCCCUGUGCAUCCUCAAAAUAUGAUCUGGAGGCUCUUUCAUGUUUUGUGGCAACAGUGAAAUUCAGUUUGCAUGAUAUUAGUUCCAUUCAAAGUUCUAAAUCUCAAUGUCAUGCUCAAUGGAUUUUAAGGUAGAUAGUUCUGGGAGGAUGGUAAGGUCAUCAGGUUAGCAGGCAAAUGCCUGGAAAAUAUGGUGGAAAAACAUCAAGAUCAGGAGAGUUUUCAAGUUCACAGAAGUACUCCAAGAAGAUUAAAGGAUGGGCAGGCAAAUUCUCAGAAGAUCAGAAGACAGUGGGCCAGUGGGAAGGCACUGGGAAGAUUAGGAAAUGAGCAGGUCAGUGAGACAAUCCUAGAAAGAUGGGAGGCAGCCAAGCUGGUAAGAAGAUACUAUGACGAUUGGUUGGUGAAAGGGCCAGCAGGAAUAGGCUGAGAAGAUAGCAAUAACAAUAGCCCUUAGACUUAUAUACUGCUUCACAGUGCUUUAUAGCCUUCUCUAAGUGGUUUGCAGAGUCAGCAUAUUUCCCCUAACAAUCUGGGUCCUCAUUUUACCCACCUCAGAAGGAUGGAAGUCUGAGUCAAUCUUCAGCUGGUGAGACUUGAACUGCCAAACUGCUGGCAGUCAGGAGUCAGCAUAAGGAGCCUGCAGUACUGCAUUCUAACCACUGCGCCACCAGAUGAGGCGGGGGCCAAAGGUGUAAAGAAUAGUGGAGCAGAGAGCAUGUACUAGGGAAAUUGGAAGUACAUUUGAAUCUGUUGUAAUUCUGAUUACAUACCUGAAUCUCAUAUACUAUAUAAUUCCAGUUCUCUUGCUUGUCUUUAAACUUAUGAAGAUUCUAUCUAUUCAUAUUUAAGGGAAAAUAAAAUUGAUACCAAA